UGGAGAAGUUAGGAACAAAAGAAACAACACGGCCACCUCCGUAUAACAAGACGUCCCGCAGACAAGUUCGUCUAGAAAAGUCAGGCCCACUAGCCGCAACCAAAGCUCUUGAAUCAUAUGACGUUCCCGAAGACGACCCGGAAGUAGAUUUGGAGGACUUAAUUGACGGCUAUCUUGAAGUAUUGGCUACCUGGUUACCCGAACCUAAAAAUACCU